ACCCUACCUUACUUAUUCAAAUAAAAGUAAAACAAACUCAAUCUCAAUUUCAUACAGAAAAGAAGGUAGAGAGAGUGAGAUGGCUUCAACCACAACAGAGACGGCGAAAGAGGCACCGAAGAUCGUGUGGAACGAGGGCAAUAACAGGUUCGAAACCCAAGAUAAACUAGCUUACAUUCAAUACGUGCUGAGAGAAAACGGGAAGGUGAUGGACUUGGUCCACACCUACGUCCCCUCGUCUAAGAGAGGCCUUGGUCUCGCUUCACACCUCUGCGUUGCUGCUUUUAACCACGCUAAAUCACACUCUAUCUCCAUCAUUCCCACUUGCUCUUAUGUCUCUGACACUUUUCUUCCUCGGAACCCAUCUUGGAGUUCUCUCGUGUACUCAGAAGAUCCAAAAUCUAAUAUAUGAAUACAACUUAAGCAUUUUCACUGUGUGCAUCAAUGGAAUUGUUUACUACUGAGUGAGAGGUUGUCUUGCCUUUACAUUUGUUUUUAGUGGCUUGUGUUAGUUGCUGAUUCUUGACUUCCUACGAAUGAAGGUUAAUUUUACUUCUGGUAGAUUAUAUCUUAUGAGGCAUUCAGGCUUUUCCUGUCUCUGCUAUUGUUUAUUCUGCUACUUCACAAUUUAUAGAAAUACAAUACGGUAAACUGUUUCGUGUGUUGAAA